AUGACGACAGCUGCCCCGCCGAUCAAUAACACCCAGUUCUCAGCAAACGUGACCACGGUGUCUCAAGAACAGAGUCUCUAUCAAAGUUCUGGAGCAAUAGUUGCUGCCAUCGUCGUAGGAGUGAUUAUUAUUUUUACAGUGGUUCUGCUCAUAUUGAAAACAUACAACAGACGCAUGAGAGUGAAGCGGGAGCUGGAACCCAAACCCACCAAACCAGCAAUGCCGCCCGCUUUCGGGCAGAACAGCACCAGCAUGGCUCCACAUCCUACCGUGACCUUCAUACCCGUGGAUAUCCACGUGCAGAACAGAUAA